AUGGAGGGUAGCGUGGAGCUUCCCAUCGCCGGCCUGGACGGCUGCGAGCUGAGCUUGCGGGUGGAUUGGGGCAUUUGGGGCGCUGAGCUCUUGCGGCGCGCGCGGCGCCAGCUGCCUAAGGUGGGUGGGGUGCUGCACCUGAGCCUCGGCGACGCCAAGCUGCUGCCGCAGCAAAGUCUUCGGGAGGCGUUGCUGCGGCGCAGCCCCGCACUCCGAGGCGACGAAGGUCGAGAUGAGGGCCGGUGGGAGGAGGAGCUGCGGAGGACCACCUGCGUGUUCACCUACAGCUGCACCAAUCUGCUGAGCGCGUGGAGUGGGCUGCAGGGGAGGGAGACUGAGGACGGACUCGAAGGCAUCACGGAUUUGCGCUAUGAGAAGAACUGCAUUGUGUCCUUGUUGGAGGAUGGCCUGCCAGCCAGCUUGACAUAUCUCAAGUUCGGCGAUGAGUUUGAUCAAUGCUUGCAGGGCAUCACUUUGCCCAGCGGCUUGCAGACCCUGGAGCUAGGCGAAGAGUUCAGGCGCAGCAUGCAGGGCGUCACCUUGCCCGGCUUGCGGAGCCUCAGCUUCGGGAAGCGCUUUAACCAGUCACUGGAAUCCAUGGCGUUGCUGAAUCUGCGGAGCUUGAGCUUCGGGCAUUGCUUCAACCAAAGCUUGGAGGGAGUGGCUUUGCCCAGCCUGCAGCACUUGAACUUUGGCGACGCUUUCAACCAACCUUUGCAGAAAGUGGAUUUGCCGAGCCUGCAGAGCUUGAAAUUCGGUAGGCAGUUCAACCGCAGCUUGAAGGGAGUCGAGUUGCCCAACCUGCAGAACCUCACCUUUGGCCAUUGCUUCAGCCAAUCCUUGCAGGGAGUCGAAUUGCCCAUGGGCCUUGAGAGCCUAAGCUUCGGCCAGAUCGAAAGCCUGGCUUCGCAGGAGGACGUGGCUUUGGAGCCCUCGGACAUCGCUUGGCCUCAAGGCCUGCGAGACCUGAAGGGCGCAAACUUCACUGCGCAGGAGCUUGCUUUGCCCAGCGGCUUGCAGAACCUGAGCUUCGGCCGUGGCUUCAAUCAACCGCUGCAAAGCAUCGCGCUGCCGGCCUUGCAGAGCUUGACCUUGGGCUUCGGCUUUGAUCAGAGUUUGACGGGCGUCUCCUUUCCAGAAACCCUGCGGAGCCUGACGCUUGGGCACAGCUUCAACCAAGCCCUGCAUGGGGCAGUGUGGCCUGCGAGCUUGCGGAUCCUGGCCAUUGGUGAUUCCUUUAACCAGGCCAUGCAAGGAGUGACCUUGCCGGAGGGCUUGCAGGAUCUGAUCUUCGGCCGGUCCUUCAAUCAACCUUUGCAGAUGCGGCUUCCCAGGGACCUCAAAAGCCUGGAAUUCCAUGGCUACAACCAAGACCUGGCUUUGGUUUGGCCGGAGCAGUUGCAGAGCCUGAGAUUGGGCAAUUGCUUUAAUCAGAGCCUGACUGGUCUGCCACAACGGUUGCAGACGCUUGAACUUGGCAACGAGUUCAACCAAAGCUUGCAAGGCACGACUUGGCCCUUUGGCCUGGAGCACUUGCAGUUUGGGACUUCUUUCAACCAGCGUCUACAGGAAGCUGCGCUGCCCAGCAGUCUGCGGAGCCUCAAGCUGGGGCGUUUCUUUAACCAAAACCUGCAGGGAGUGACGUUUUCUGGCGCUUUGCAGAGCCUGACCUUCAGCGUGCACUUUGACCAGCGGCUUCAGGGAGUGAAGUGGCCGCCCAACUUGCAGAGCUUGACAUUUGGGCAUUGCUUCGACCAAAGCUUCCAGGGGGUGGUGUUGCCAAGCGGACUUCAGCAGUUGAAAUUUGGGCACCGCUUCAACCAAUCGCUGCAGGGAGUUCUUCUGCCCAGCAACUUGCAGAGCCUAAGCUUCGGGAACUUUUUCAACCAACCGCUGCAGGAGGUGAGUUUGCCCGACGGCUUGCAGAGCCUCACCUUCGGAGUCAGGUUCAAUCAGCCGCUACAGGAAGUGGCUCUGCCCAGCGGUUUGCAGAGGCUCGAACUUGGUGACGACUUCAACCAAAGUCUGCAAGGCAUUGCCCUGAGCAACUUGCGCACGGUGUGUGGCGGUCGCGUUUCCGUGGCGGUGGCAUCUGGCAAAUGA